AUGGCUUCUCCAAUUAUUUCCUUACUAGGAUUUGUGAUCUUCUCAUUCUUUUGUUAUGCACUUGCAUCUGAUCCAGCCUCACUUCAAGAUUUCUGCGUGGCAGAUGCAAAUAGCCAAGUUACAGUAAAUGGGGUUCCUUGCAAGGAUUCCAAGAUGGUCGAAGCCAAUGAUUUCUACUUCAGUGGACUUCACUUAGCAGGAAACACAUCAAACCUAGCUGGUUCAAAGGUAACACCAGUCAAUGUAGCUCAAAUACCGGGUCUCAACACUCUCGGCAUCUCCCUAGCUCGUAUCGACUACGCACCAUCGGGUAUCAACCCACCCCACACGCACCCUCGCUCCUCCGAGAUCCUGACCGUUGUUGAAGGCAGUCUCGAGGUUGGAUUCGUCACAUCUAACCCGGAAAAUCGGCUCGUUACUAAGAUUCUGUACGAAGGAGAUGUUUUUGUGUUUCCUGUUGGUCUCAUCCAUUUUCAAAGAAAUGUGGGAAGUAGUAAUGCAGUUGCUGUUGCUGCUCUAAAUAGCCAAAACCCUGGUGUUAUUACAGUUGCUAAUGCUGUGUUUGGAUCUAAUCCUGAGAUUCCAAGUGAUGUUCUGGUUAAGGCUUUUCAAUUGGACAAGAAUGUUGUUACGUAUCUGCAGUCAAAAUUCUGA